UUGAGCGUGAUUGAAACCAUCCCGCGGCCGGGCUGGCUGCAGCCCGCGGGGUGGUGCCGCGCAGAUGUUUGUCCAAGGCUGUUUGUGAUCAUUCCAGCCCGGACGCCCCCGGCGCUGCAGCUGGGGCUGGACAAGGGUGAAAUUGCCGGGGUGGCCGUGUCGGGAAGCGGGAGCCGGGCGGUGGUGGCGGUGCUCCACAAUGAAAGGCGGAACACCUUCCUGCACCCAGUGACGGGCCAGGUCCCCGAGGACACCUCAAGGCUUGACUUGCCCAAACAGAGCUCGGACAUGUCCAGCAAGGCGAGCAGCAAGCGGCCGGCCACCGUCCCCAGCGAGCCCCCCCACCACGCCAUGGUGGCCGAGGUGCCCCCGGAGCGCCCCGGAGGCCGGGUGAGUGCCCGGGGCCGUGUGGCACCGCUGUCACCAGCUCAGACAGGCAUUCAGGGACCCCAGCCCGGGCACUGAGCGUCUCCUCUUGCCCCCCUGCAGGCUCCGCGCUCCUCCCGCAAGGGCAUCGCCUUCGGGAAGCGCUCCAACUCCAUGAAGAGGAACCCCAACGCCGCUGUCACCAAGAGUGGGUGGCUCUACAAGCAGGCCAGCUCGGGGGUGAAGCAGUGGAACAAGCGCUGGUUCGUGCUGGUGGAUCGCUGCCUCUUCUACUACAAAGACGAGAAGGAGGAGAACAUCCUGGGCAGCAUCCCCCUGCUCAGCUUCCGCGUGGCCGCCGUGCAGCCCUCGGACAACAUCAGCAGGAAGCACACGUUCAAGGUGACGGUGUGCUGGCUGGAGGAGCCGCCGGCGGGUAACGGGCGGUCCCUGUCUCCCCAGGCCGAGCACGCCGGCAUCCGCACCUACUUCUUCAGCGCCGAGAACACGGAGGAGCAGGAAUCCUGGAUCCAGGCCAUGGGCGAGGCCGCCCGCGUGCAGAUCCCCCCGACGCAGAGGCACUCGGAGAAGCCGGACUCGGAGAACAUCCCGCCCAGCAAACACCACCACCAGCAGCAGCAGCAGCAGCAGCAGCACUGCAACGCCGCCCACCGCGAGCACGGCAAGGCCGAGCCCGACGCCAAGGCCCGCGGGGAGGGCGACGGCCGCGGCUCGGAGAAGAUGGAGCGGAAGCCGUCGGAGCGGCCGGACGGCAAGAAGGAGCCUCUGGCCAAAGCCAACGGGCUGGCCGGGCAGGAGCCGCCCUCGGAGCCGGGCAGCCCCUACCCCGAGGGGGGUCCCCUCUCUCCGCAGUACGAUUACCUGGGUGACAGGCGGCCCGUCCCGGCCGGGGUGUACCCAUACCCCUUCCCAGCCUCCCCCACCAUCCACGACAAGAUGGAUGAACUUUUAGACCUUCAGUUGCAAAGAAACCUAGAAUAUUUGGACCAGCAGAUGAGCGAGAGCGAGACCCUCAUCACUAUGGUGAACAGGAUGGUGGAGACCUCCCCCCCUAGGGCCCAGCUCUACAUGCAAGUGACGCCGUUCCCGGAGCCCUACAGGGACACGCUGCACCCCUACAGGAUCAGCGAGCAGGACACCGAUAAGCUGCUGGGGAAGCUCUGCGAGCAGAACAAGGUGCUGCGGGAGCAGGAGAGGACCUCAGAGCUCCGUCUGUCCCCGCAGGAGAGCCUGGAGAGUGCCCUGAUGGGGACGCACCAGGAGCUGGAGAUGUUCGGCAGCCAGCCCGCCUACCCCGAGAAGCUGCUGCACAAGAAGGAAUCGCUGCAGAACCAGCUCAUCAACAUCCGGGUGGAGCUGUCCCAGGCCAGCACGGCCCUGGCAAACAGCACAGCCGAGUACGAGAGCCUGGAGAGCGAGGUGUCCACCCUGCACGAUGACCUCUGGGAGCAGCUGAACCUACGUGAACAUCCAGGUGUGUUUGUGUCCCCUGUCACAUUUAACGUGAACAUCCAGGAACAUCCAGGUGUGUUUGUGUCCCCUGUCACAUUUAACGUGAACAUCCAGGUGUGUUUGUGUCCCCUGUCACAUUUAACGUGGACAUCCAGGUGUGAGUGUCCCCUGUCACCCUCAACCUGGACAUCCAGGUGUGUGUGUGUGUCCCCUGUCACCCUGAACCUGGACAUCCAGAACGAGAUGCUGAACCGGCAGAUCCAGAAGGAGAUCUGGCGGAUCCAGGACGUGAUGGAGGGGCUGAGGAAGAACAACCCCUCCCGUGGCACCGACACCGCCAAGCACAGAGUGGCCCUGGGCCCCUCGGGCACGUACAGCUCCAACAGCCCCGCCAGCCCCCUGAGCUCUGCCAGCCUCACCAGCCCCCUGAGCCCCUUCUCCCUCAUCUCUGGCUCCCAGGGAUCGCCCACCAAGCCAGGCCCCGGCGAGGAACCGGGCCCGCCUCGACCUCCCCUCCCCAAGUCCUACGUUCCCCUGGAGGCUCCUCCGGCCGUUCCUCCGCUCCCCAGCGAGAGCCGCCUCUGGCCCUACCCCGCCUCCCCUUCCUGGCACCAAGGCGCUGGAGAGGCCAAGCGGGGACAGCCCAAACCAGGCUUUGAACAGAGCAAGAAGGAGCCCCCACGGCCCAGCCCCCCCGGCCCCGCGCCCGAGGGGCUCCCGCAGAGCCGGACGGAGCAGGACGGGGACAAACAAGCGGCUCUGAACAAGGUGGGAAUCGUGCCCCCCAGGACCAAGUCUCCGGCAGAGGACGAGGCGGUGCCCAGGAGGAACGGCCUGGCCAACGGGCUCAGCUCCCGGGAGAGACCCAAGAGCGCCGUGUUCGCCACCGACACCAAGGUGAAGAUGAGCGUGGAGGAGCAGAUCGACCGCAUGAAGCGGCACCAGAGCGGCUCCAUGAAGGAGAAGCGGCGCAGCCUGCAGCUCCCCAGCCCCCAGCAGCUGCCCGGCCCCCAGCCCGACCCCCCCGGCACCAAAACCCCCUCCUCAUACAAGGUGGUGCGGCGGCACCGCAGCAUCCACGAGGUGGACAUCUCGGACCUGGAGGCGGCGCUGCGCUCCGACGAGCCCGGCAAGGUGUACGAGACGCCGCAGGAGGAGAUCGCCCGGCUGCGCAAGAUGGAGCUGGAGCCGCAGCACUACGACGUGGACAUCAGCAAGGAGCUGUCCACGCCGGACAAAGUGCUGAUCCCUGAGCGCUACGUGGAGCUGGAGCCGGAAUCGCCCCUCAGCCCCGAGGAGAUGAAGGAGAAGCAGAAGAAAGUGGAAAGGAUCAAGACCCUCAUUGCUAAAUCCAGCCUGCAGAAUGUCAUCCCCCUGGGUGAGGGGGAGGUGGACAGCCCCCAGGACCCGGAGAUGCAGCUGCAGGAGCAGGAGAAGAGGAUCGAGAUCUCGUGUGCCCUGGCAGCCGAGGCCUCGCGCCGCGGCCGGAUGCUCUCGGCUCAGUGCGCUACCCCCAGCCCUCCCACCUCCCCAGCCUCCCCGACU